AUGGGCUCUUUCGAUAUUACUACGAGAUCGGCGACUAUCCUGGUUGAUCUCGGAGGUAUCUUUAUGCAUCCAGAAGUGGAACAUAAACUGAAGACUCAUGAAUCCACCAUCUCCUUACGAAGAAUCAUGUCGACCUCAACCUGGAUGGACUAUGAAACUGGGCAUUUAAGUGAUAAGCAGUGCUUUCGGCAGCUAGCCAAGGAAUAUCACUUUCAGGCGUCUGAACUGGAUGAGAUGAUUCAGGGUUUCCGCGAGACUAUCACAUAUGAGCAAGCUGCUGCUUCUAUUUUCAGGGAAAUUAAACGUACAGGGACGCGCAUUUUCCUGGUAUCAAACAUCUCUAAGGAAGAUUACGCAGCACUCCGCCGCCGGUGGGACGAUAAAUUCUGGUCUAUCUUUGAUGGCAUUUUUAUCUCGGCAAACUUGGGCGUCCGAAAGCCCAGUUUGCGUUUCUAUCGGCACGUACUCCGGGCCACACGAGCAAUUCCUCGUCAGACCUUCUUUUUGGAUGACAGACCUGAGAACGUACUCGCGGCGAUCUCUCUGGGAAUGAGAGGAACAUUUGACACCUCAGCUCUAUAUCGGACACUAACUAACGUUGUCGGUAAUCCUGUGACACGCGGACUCGCAUUCUUGCGACUUCAGAAAGGGCAUUUUCCUACAACUACCCAACAUAACGAGACUAUUACCGAAAACUACGCCCCACUUCUAAUCCUUGAAGUGUUAAGUGACCCGAGUCUAGUGAACCUCAAAGCCCCGCCCCGCCUCUGGAACUUCUUUAGUGGCGAUCCAAAAUACACGAGUGAUAGCUAUCCUGAUGACUUAGACACAACCUCCCUCGGGCUCUUAACGAUGCCUCCUCACUCUGAAAUAGUCCACUCCAUUCUAGAUGAGAUGCACAACUACGUAGAUGAGGACGGUAUUCCGCAGGCAUACUUCGACAAAUCCCGGCCACGUGUCGAUGCAGUCAUAGCGCUCAAUGUUUUGACCCUGUUCCACAAGCAUGGGCGCGGUCACGAGCUCCCCCAUACAACAGAGUGGAUGAUUAGCAUCCUACUGAACAGGGCGUAUGUUAAGGGGACGCGCUACUACGCAAAUGCGGAGUGGUUUCUCUAUUAUAUGACGCGUCUACUACGUGCGUCAAGCGACCAAACUAUCAAGGAAAGGAUCGAAUCACCUCUCAGAGAGCGUGUAGCUGAGCGGAUUGGAGCUCCAGGUGAUGCAUUCUGUCUCGGGAUGCGAAUAUUGGCAUGCAACCACCUUGGCUUGGAGAACCACCCUGACCGCCAGACACUUGCAAAUCUGCAGCAGGAAGAUGGUGGUUGGGAGGCCUCCUGCAUUUAUUUCUUUCCUGGCGCUAAGCGAGAAGUUGGAAAUAGAGGAGUCAGUACAGCAUUUGCGGUAAAGGCCCUCGAGGACUGGUCCGGGUGGUGA